UUGCCAUAUAAUUCCUUAUAUACUGAACAAAUAUAAAUCCUGCACAUAUGAAUGAGGAGGAGGAGGCUUAAAUAUUAGCCUGGAGGCAAGUAAAAGUGCCUAACAAAGGAAUCUGUCGACGUACUGGCCAAGCGAAGUCUACCAUAACAUUGGUACUGGCUGGCUGCCUCUCGUGACACCGCCCUCCGCUGUGCCCCCAACCAAACCUUAUCCUGCACACUCCCGGAAGACUUCCAGAGCAACAUUAUCUUAUAAGAGAACCAUCAUUUUACAGCUUCUAAGCUAAAAACAAGUCCUUCAACCCUGUUAAAAGGCGUAUCCAUCCUGCUGGGGAUCUCGUCAAUACAGGAUGAAUGUAAACCUACUGGAAGUAUGUGUGGAUUCAGUGGAAUCUGCUGUGGCUGCUGUGAAGGGAGGAGCUGAGCGCAUUGAGCUCUGCUCAGCUCUCUCAGAGGGUGGACUUACCCCCACCCUAGGAUUUCUCAAGGCAGUGCAAAAGCACACAUCAAACAAUGUAAAAGUAUUUUGUAUGGUACGUCCCCGAGGGGGACCUAUGGUGUUCUCAGAAGAUGAAGCAGAAAUAAUCUUGAAUGAUGCAGCAGCCCUUAGGAUGGCAGGAGCUGAUGGCCUUGUGUUUGGAGCAUUAAACAUGGAUGGAAAUCUUGACCAAAAUCUAAACAAACAGUUUAUACAGGCUGCAGGCAAUCUGCCUUGCACGUUUCACAGGGCUUUUGAUCUUCUUCAACAUCCUCUACGUGAACUAGAAUCUAUAAUAGAACUAGGAUAUCAGAGAAUAUUGACAAGUGGAUGCAAGCCAACAGCUGUGGAAGGUUGUGAUCUACUAAGACAACUAACAACCGCAGCCCGAGGUCGCAUUGUAAUAUUGGCAGGAGCGGGAGUUAAGUCCAGCAAUGUAGCUGAACUCAUUCACAAGACUGGAGUUACUGAAUGUCAUGCUUCUGCCAAAACACGCAAAGUGUUUGAAUGCAAGAAUGAUAAGGGAGUUAGAAUGGGAGCCAACAGUGACAAUGUCAUGUGGGUGACCAGUGAAGAGGAAGUGCGGGCCAUCAAGGCAGCCAUGGCCAGCAGCUGAUCCCUCCUGUGUAAGUGGAAUUGCUAAGGCACAAAGUAGGAGCUGAUAUCAAUAAAUUUCUAUACAGACUCUACAAUGA